GGCGGGGAAGGCCGUGGCUAUCGAUCCCGCUGCUGGAGGGAGGCGGCGGUGAAGCAGCAGAGAAAAUGGCGGCCAUGGCUGCGGAGGCGGCAGCGACUGCAGCGGUGCCGGGCGAUGGAGGGGCCGGCGAAGCUGAGCCCGAGAUGGAGCCGAUCCCGGGCAGCGAGGCCGGCGCGGACCCUCUCCCUGCCGUCAGCGAGGCCGUGGAGUCGGUGGUGCCUGAUGGGGAGGAGGCCGACGGGGGGAAGGUUGCUCCCGGCGAGGCCGAGGAGCCGCCGCCUGUGCAGCUCGCCCGGAGCCCGGCCGGGACUCGAGAGCCGGAAGCUGAGAGGACGGAGAAACUGCCGGCCUCCACCCCGGAGGUGGGCUCGCCCCAGGCCGAGCACCGGGAAGCGCCGAGCCCGGAGUCCGAGGAGGAGCCGCAGCCCUGCCCGCCGCCUGCUGGGCACCCUGAACUUCCCGAGGAGGAGCCGCAGCCCUGCCCGCCGGCUACUGGGGGCUCCGCGGAGCCGGAGCCCGGGGAGGAGCCGUCCCGGCCGGAGGAGGAGGAGCCGGAUGCUGCUGAUGCCGCCGCUGCCGAGCCCAAGCCCCCGGUGUCCGUGGCUCCGGCCGGAGGGGAGGCGGAGGUUCCGCUGCUGCCUGGCUCCGAGGUGCGGGUCACCCUGGAUCACAUCAUCGAGGACGCCCUGGUGGUUUCGUUCCGGCUGGGAGAGAAGCUUUUCUCUGGGGUCCUCAUGGACCUCUCUAAAAGGUUUGGACCCCACGGAAUCCCUGUGACCAUAUUUCCUAAAAGGGAAUACAAGGAUAAACCUGAAGCCAUGCAGCUCCAAAGUAAACCAUUCCAAGAUGAGGAACAGGUGAAAUGUGAAUCUAAUGCUGCAGUCCCUGAUGACUCUUCUCUCACGCAGCCAUCAGAACCUAGCAUAGCUAAAAGCCUAUGGACUUCUAAACCACCUCCUCUCUUUCACGAGGGAGCACCAUAUCCUCCUCCUUUGUUUAUCAGGGACACGUAUAACCAGUCAAUACCUCAGCCCCCGCCCCGGAAAAUCAAGCGGCCCAAGCGUAAAAUGUACAGGGAGGAACCCACUUCUAUCAUGAAUGCUAUCAAACUACGACCCCGGCAGGUCUUAUGUGACAAGUGCAAAAAUAGUGUUGUUGCAGAUAAAAAGGAAAUAAAAAAAGGUGGCAAUGCAAGUGACUCUUCAAAAUAUGAGGAUAGUAAAAAACGAAGAAAUGAGAGCGUGACUACUGUGAAUAAAAAACUUAAGACUGACCAUAAAGUGGAUGGAAAAAGCCAAAAUGAAAGCCAGAAAAGGAAUGCUGUGGUCAAGGUUUCAAAUAUUGCCCACGGCAGAAGCAGAGUAGUUAAAGUUUCUGCACAAGCAAAUACUUCAAAAACACAGUUAAAUACAAAAAAAGUUCUCCAGAGCAAAAACAUGGAUCAUGCAAAAGCUCGGGAAGUUUUGAAAAUGGCCAAAGAAAAGGCACAAAAGAAGCAGAGUGCAACCUCCUCUUCCAAAAAUGCACAUUCAAAGGUCCACUUCACACGGCGUCUUCAGAACACCAGCUCAGGUUCCCUCCCACCCCGAUUGCGUUUAAAGCCACAAAGGUAUCGGAAUGAAGAAAAUGACUCUUCUCUCAAGACAGGACUUGAGAAAAUACGGAGUGGCAAGAUGGCAACUAAGCCCCAGUCUCGCUGCUCCUCCACCCGCUCAGCAGCUCAGAGACACUAGUCAACUGCUGUUUUUAUGGAACCUCACUACACUGCCACGAAGAGCACCAGCUCAUCAGGACUGAAAGAAUUCUGAGACUGAAUUGUCCUAUUUUUCCUCUGAUAUCUUCACCAAGUAGAAAACAUUUUUUUGGAGGGAAAGGGGGUAAAUAUGUUAAAGGUCCCCCUUGCACCCUGUUAGGACAUCUGUACCUAAUAUACAUUUUCUUUAAAAUUUAAAAAGAUGUUAGGAAAUAUUUUAUAAAACUUUUUUGCAAUAAAUGACGCAUGAAACUAUUGAAGACUAUAUGACACUUACAUGCAAGGAACCACUUGAAUUAUUGGUAUGAAGAAUCACUGCAAAUAACUGGGUUUUUUUGUAAUGUGACAGUCAUGUUUGUAUGUUUUGAUAGGUGCCAGUGAUGGAGCCAAUUGCCUGGGAAGUUGACUGUAACUUUUGAACUUUUAUUUUAAUUCUUAACUUUAGCAUUGCAAUUUUCCAUUCUAUGAGGCUUAGUUAGUAUUUAGUGCAGGUGUUAGCAGAGCUGUGAUCUGUGAUCAAAAGCAUGUCCAAAACCAAUUGUAUUGUAAAAUAUGAACAGUCCUGCUAUACGAGACCAAUAUUUCCCAUAGAGGUGAUGGAAAGGACAGUGACCACAAACUCCAUGUAUCUCUGUAUGAAGGGAAAGCUCCUUCUGUGUGAAUAUGGUUGCAUUUUAUUUAUGCUAUUGUAACACUUAGGGAAUUGAGGAUUGUGGAAUGACAUUAAGAAGGGCUGCAAAGCAGAGAGAAGCAUUUUGCUUAUCAUACUAUAACAAGAUGGGAUUUGUGAAUGGAGAGUGAUUAAAUGUAAUGGCAUUUCUAUUUCAAAUCAUGGGUUAAUUUUUCCUUUUGACAAAAAUUUUUUUCAGAUAGGUAACUAGUAGAGCAAAGGUUUCAGAAGUGUUUCUGAUGGUUGUUGAUCUGAGUUGCAUUGACUUCUUUGAAUAGCUGUACAUCAAAAAAAGAAACCCAGUGGGUUUUAUCCAUUUUAUUCCCCUCCCCCAAAGGUGUUUGGUAAGAUUUAUUUCAGUGGAGCUUGUGAAUGCUGGACACACUGCUGAAAUGUUGAGUUACUAAAUAUUAAUUUAUUUGUCACUGAUGUUUUGACAUUGUGUGCACACUUUCUCAGCAGUAUCGUUUCUUACAAAGUUCUUAGCAGGGGAUUUAUUCUAUAACCUGGGAAAAUAUUUGUUUUGAAGAAAUGAAACUGUGCACAUAAUCUACUAAAAGUUUUUUUUUGUUGUUUUUUUUUGUUGUUUUUUUCAAAGAAGCGCAAGACUUGUAGUAAACUCUUUUCCUCCUUACUAAUAAUAUCCUGAUUUGGUUGGAGAAAAUAGAGUGUCCUUGUCUUGAUCAUUUAAAAACAGAGAUUCCUUUCUGAGAGGCAGUUUCACAGCCUUCGUGUAUAGAGCCUGAAUUAAUCACAUAGAAUUUGAAGUUAAGACAACUCUAUCAUUUGGCUUUGAUAUUGGCAGCAGGUUUAUACUUGUUAAACAAUUGGAGAGGGGGGAGUGAGAGGCUGGGCCAGGCAUCCAAAUCCAGAAUGGGUGUAUCAGCCACACAGCACAUGCUGAGGCAGUUCAUGCUUCAUGGUGAUACAGUUUCUGUUUUUUAGAGAUAAAGUCUUUAUAAGUAAAGCCAGAAAUUGAAGACUUGCUGCCUCCUUCUUAAAAUACAGCUGUAUAAUGCAGUACAGUAGGUUCAAAUAGGACAAUUUUUCAUGAAAACCUACAAAUAUUUGUUGAGAUUAAUGUUUCUUCUACAAUGCUUUUCCUUUUCACUGGUUGAAGAGGAUCAGCAGUCUGGUCCUGUUUGUGGCCUGAGAUUUAACUACAACUUCGAAAAACUUAAGACAUUGAAUUUGAGGAAAGGAGGUCAUGUAUGUGCUAGCCUUUCACCUCCAGAGACCAAACCCCAGUUGUAUUGACAAUGAGUGAGGGUCUUGGCCUAAUCAAUUACAUUUUUAUCCUCACACAUGCUCAAAAAAAACCCCCAACAAAAACCAAACAAAGAUAGAAGCCGCCAAACAACAUGGCUCGUAACAGUUUCUGCUCAGGAAAAAGGCCCAAGACUGUAAUAGCAGGGUUAUUGCACAUUGGAUUGAAAACUGAUUGAUGCUGUAAGUAGAAGCCAGUAGUGCCUGCCUGUGUGACAUCUGACUCUUAACCAGUGCUCUUAUUUCCUCACCUUCAUGAGCACGUGUGCACAGCAGCUGAAAUACAAGAAAUACACUUAAGAGAGAUGCAGGUCUCUGCAUUGGAGAAUAUGGGUAUAUAAGGAAAUAGCAUAAAAAUAGACAAGGUAGCUAACUGUAUUUGUGUUUGUUUUCACAGAAAGUAUUGCAGCCAUUUUGUUUGAAACCAGAUUUUCAUUUUGAAAUGAAAUUGUCAGGGAUAUUCUAAUGAUAGAGAAUUACAGUAAUGUAUUGCUUUUCACUUUUUUGCUUUAGUUGCUUAAUAUUUAAGCUUUGCUCCGUGCUACCUUCUUGUCUGUAUAUUGAAUGGUCACUAUGCCUCUUUCAUUUUGUAGACUUGAAUGAGGAAAAUAUGAUUCACCCUUUAAGGUUUGCUGAGAAGUAAAUGAUAAAGAAUGUUGUGUAACAUUUAUUCAAAUAAAGCCUUGAUUUUUUUCA